AUGUCCCGCCGUUCGACCAGUAUGUUACAAAACGGCAAGGAUUCCGCCAAGAGCAGCUUGGAGAAGGAUGAGAAGAAUCGAGUGGCCCACCUGGACGCCGUUAUUAAUCAGCUGAAGAACCAGACGCUUGGAAAUCGUAGGGCUGGGAAUUUAACCGAGACCACGCUGCAAUAUAUUUCCAGUACAUGUCGGGAGUUGUUUCUCACCCAGCCGAUGCUUCUGGAACUGAGUGCUCCGGUCAAGAUAUGCGGGGAUCUGCAUGGUCAGUUCAAGGACCUGCUGAGGAUCUUUCAGCAGUGCGGCUUGCCACCCGCGUCCAACUACCUGUUUCUCGGGGAUUAUGUGGAUCGGGGUCAGUACUCGGUGGAAACCUUGGCCCUGCUGUUGACCUAUAAACUCCGCUAUCCGGAGACCUUCUUCCUGCUGCGCGGCAAUCACGAAUCGGCGGAUGUUAAUCGGAUCUAUGGAUUUUUCGACGAGUGCAAGCGACGAUAUAGUGUGAAAUUGUGGAGGUCCUUUGUGGACUGCUACGAUUGCAUGCCGGUGGCUGCCAUUGUGGCGGAUCGAAUUUUCUGCGUUCACGGUGGGUUGAGUCCGGAUCUGAAUAAUCUGGACGACAUUCGCCGACUGCCUCGUCCCACAGAAGUUCCCAGCGAUGGCUUGCUGUGCGAUCUGCUCUGGUCGGAUCCGGAUGAUACUACUAGCACCUGGGCGGCAAAUGAUCGUGGUGUUAGCUACACCUUCGGAGCCGCCAUAGUGGAGGGCUUCCUGCUGCAGCACAAGUUCAAUCUGAUCGUCCGUGCCCACCAGGUGGUGGAGGAUGGCUACGAGUUCUUCGCCGAGCGCCAGUUGGUCACCAUCUUUUCGGCCCCCAACUACUGCAACAUCUUCGAUAACAGCGGCGCCGUUCUGGUGGUGGACUCCAAUCUAGUCUGCCACUUUGUCAUCAUCCGUCCGAGACCCGGGAUCCGACCAACGGGCUUUGAGUCGGACAGUGGAUCCACGAAUGUGCCGGCCAUCGGACCACCUCCAUCGGCCAAGGAGAAGAAGGUGUAA